AUGGCUGGCAAAUCUCGAUUCACAAGGCUUGAUGCCUUCGCUAAAACCGUUGAAGAUGCGCGGAUACGAACGAGGUCGGGUGGAAUCGUCACCAUAACUGCAUUGCUUGUUGUUUUAUACCUGGUUUGGGGCGAAUGGAAGGAUUAUCGGCGAGUAGUCGUUCAGCCCGAGCUGAUCGUUGAUAAGGGCAGAGGCGAGAGAAUGGAAAUCCACUUAAACAUGACCUUCCCAAACCUCCCAUGCGAACUGCUCACCCUGGAUGUUAUGGACGUAUCAGGCGAACUCCAGACAGACGUUGAUCAUGGAGUGAACAAGGUCCGCCUUAGCUCUGCGGCAGAAGGUGGAAAAGUCAUUGAUGUGACAGCAUUGGCUCUACAUAAGAAAGAGGACUCUCCCGCGCACCUCGAUCCAAAUUAUUGUGGAGACUGUUACGGCGUUCCUGCACCCUCCAACGCAAAGAAGCCUGGUUGCUGUAACACUUGUGAAGAAGUCCGUGAUGCCUAUGCGGAGAAGAACUGGGCCUUUGGCCGCGGCGAGAACGUUGCCCAAUGUAUCGACGAAGGUUAUUCCCAGCGUAUUGACGAGCAACGUCAUGAAGGGUGUCGCAUUGAAGGAAUUCUUCGUGUGAACAAGGUUGCUGGGAACUUCCAUAUUGCUCCCGGCCGCAGCUUGACGGCUGGAAAUUUCCAUGCCCACGAUCUAGAUAACUAUUAUCAUACCCCAGUCCCACACACUAUGUCCCACACCAUACACAAGCUCCGGUUUGGGCCCCAGCUUCCCGAAGAGCUCUAUAGCCGAUGGAAAUGGACGCAUCAAGAUACUAUUAACCCUCUCGACAAAUCUGAUCAUAAGACUGACGAAGCACGAUACAACUUCAUGUACUUUGUUAAGGUAGUGUCGACAUCUUACCUCCCACUUGGAUGGGAUCCCACAUGGUCGAGCGAAGUGCAUUCCCAGGCCCAUAAAGAUAUCCCUCUCGGCAACCAUGGAGUCUACUUUGGCACGCAAGGAAGUAUUGAAACCCAUCAAUAUUCAGUUACUUCGCACCAACGAUCACUCGAUGCCGAAGACGCUUCUGCCGAGGGACACAAGGAACGCCAACACACUCGUGGUGGCAUUCCAUCUGUCAUUUUUAAUUAUGAGAUAUCUCCCAUGAAAGUGAUCAAUCGCGAAGCUAGACCAAAAUCUCUCUCGGCGUUCUUCACUGGUGUUUGUGCUGUUAUUGGUGGUACAUUGACAGUUGCCGCUGCUGUCGACCGUUUGCUUUACGAGGGAGGCUUGAGGGUGAAGAAGUUGCACAAGAGCUGA